GAAAGAUCUGUAGCAGAACCCGGAUCAUGGUUACAGAUCCAUCUUGCGGUGGACAUUGUGACUACCUGACCAUUGAAACAGAUUGUUUUGAUAGUCUACAGUGUAGUAAAGAUUGCAAAGUUACUGAGUGGUCUCCCUGGGGAGGAUGUUUUGGACUCUGCGAUGGAAUGGGCACAAUGAACAGGACACGGUCAAUCACCCAAUCACCAAGCUGCGGGGGUAAAUGGUGUCCCGAUAUUAUCCAAUUCAAAAGGUGCAAAACGGGUUCAUGUUCAAUGAUUGAUGUUGAAGGGUCUUGGAGCGAGUGGAGUACAUGCAACACAACGUGCGGGGUGGGAAUAAGUACAAGGGCAAGGGCCCGCCUUUCUGGCUCAUGUAGCAACGCUACAUCUUGCAAUACUACUACAGAAGAAGAAAGUGUUCCAUGCUCUGCGUAUACCCCGGACAAUUGUGAUUAUUUGAAGUCAAUAGGAGAAUGGCAGCCAUGGGGACCUUG